UGGGGGGGGGGGCGGGACGGCGAAGGCUCCCGGCGAGAGGAAACGCCGCCGCCAUGAGCGUGGAGGCGUACGGCCCCAGCUCGCAGACCCUCACCUUCCUGGACACCGAGGAGGCCGAGCUGCUCGGCGCGGACACACAGGGCUCCGAGUUCGAGUUCACCGACUUCACCCUCCCCAGCCAGACCCAGACGCCGCCCGGGCCGGGCCAGGCGGGGCCGGCACAGGGCCAGGGGCCCCCGGGCGCGGGGCAGGGAGCUCCAGGCCCGCUGGAAGCGCAGGUGAAUGGUCCUGAUGGGAUCCUGCAGAAUGGAGCUGUGGAUGAGAACGUGGCCAAGACCAGCCAGCUCCUGGCUGAGCUCAACUUCGAGGAGGAUGAGGAGGACACUUACUACACCAAGGAUCUCCCUGUGCACGCCUGCAGUUACUGUGGGAUCCACGACCCUGCCUGUGUGGUUUACUGCAACACCAGCAAGAAAUGGUUCUGCAACGGGCGUGGGAACACCUCUGGCAGCCACAUCGUGAAUCACCUGGUGAGAGCCAAGUGCAAGGAGGUGACCCUGCACAAGGAUGGGCCCCUGGGAGAGACCGUCCUGGAGUGUUACAACUGCGGCUGCCGCAACGUUUUCCUGCUGGGCUUCAUCCCAGCCAAGGCUGACUCCGUGGUGGUUCUGCUCUGCAGGCAGCCCUGUGCCAGCCAGAGCAGCCUGAAGGACAUCAACUGGGACAGCUCCCAGUGGCAGCCCCUGAUCCAGGACCGCUGCUUCCUCUCCUGGCUGGUGAAGAUUCCCUCGGAGCAGGAGCAGCUCCGGGCCCGCCAGAUCACAGCCCAGCAGAUCAACAAACUGGAGGAGCUCUGGAAGGAAAAUCCAUCUGCAACCCUGGAGGACUUGGAAAAACCUGGUGUUGAUGAGGAGCCCCAGCAUGUCCUGCUUAGAUACGAAGAUGCUUAUCAAUACCAAAAUAUAUUUGGUCCUCUGGUCAAGCUUGAGGCAGAUUAUGACAAGAAACUCAAGGAAUCUCAGACCCAAGAUAACAUCACAGUCAGGUGGGACCUGGGCUUGAACAAGAAGAGAAUUGCUUAUUUCACUUUGCCAAAGACCGAUUCAGACAUGCGCCUCAUGCAAGGAGAUGAGAUCUGCCUGAGGUACAAGGGAGACCUGGCCCCGCUCUGGAAGGGAAUCGGGCACGUGAUCAAAGUUCCCGAUAAUUAUGGUGAUGAGAUAGCCAUCGAGCUGAGGAGCAGCGUGGGAGCUCCAGUGGAGGUCACUCACAACUUCCAGGUGGAUUUUGUGUGGAAAUCCACUUCUUUUGACAGGAUGCAGAGCGCUCUGAAAACGUUUGCAGUGGAUGAGACCUCGGUGUCUGGGUACAUUUACCACAAACUGCUGGGCCACGAGGUGGAAGAUGUCAUCAUCAAAUGCCAGCUGCCCAAACGCUUCACAGCCCAGGGGCUCCCUGAUCUCAACCACUCUCAGGUUUAUGCUGUCAAGACCGUGCUGCAGCGUCCUCUGAGCCUUAUCCAGGGUCCCCCUGGCACUGGGAAAACGGUGACAUCGGCCACCAUCGUCUAUCACCUGGCCAGGCAGGGCAAUGGGGAAGUGGAAAUUGCGAGUGUGGACGCCUUCCAGGGCAGGGAGAAGGAUUUCAUCAUCCUGUCGUGCGUGAGAGCCAACGAGCACCAGGGCAUCGGCUUCCUCAACGACCCCAGGAGGCUCAACGUGGCCCUGACAAGAGCCAGGUGCACUUUGAUAUGGAAAUUGCUGACUUGUGCUGCUCCCCACUGCUCCUCAGCUGACAGGGUGAAGAAAGGCUUCGAUUUCCAGUGGCCCCAGCCUGACAAACCCAUGUUCUUCUACGUCACCCAGGGACAGGAGGAGAUUGCCAGCUCAGGCACCUCUUACCUGAACAGGACGGAAGCUGCCAACGUGGAGAAGAUCACCACCAAGCUGCUCAAGGCUGGGGCCAAGCCUGACCAGAUUGGCAUCAUCACCCCCUACGAGGGCCAGCGCUCCUACCUGGUGCAGUACAUGCAGUUCAGCGGCUCCCUGCACACAAAGCUCUACCAGGUACUGCAGAAGGCACAAACUGGGAAAUUCUCUGGUUUUUUACAUUUGUUCUGUCUUCAGGCUCAGUCUGUGUCGAUGGAUGGGGUCUGGAGUUGGUUUUGGUUGGUGUUGAUGGGUUUCCCCAAAUCCAUGCAGGGUGCCCGUUUCAUGACCACUGCCAUGUAUGAUGCACGGGAGGCCAUCAUCCCUGGCUCUGUCUACGACCGCAGCAGCCAAGGGCGUCCCUCCAACAUGUACUUCCAGACCCACGACCAGAUUGGGAUGAUCAGCGCCGGCCCCAGCCACGUCACUGCCAUGAACAUUCCCAUCCCCUUCAACCUCGUCAUGCCCCCCAUGCCUCCCCCGGGCUACUUCGGCCAGGCCAACGGCCCCGCUGCAGGCCGCGGGGCUCCCAAAGGGAAGACCGGCCGCGGAGGGCGGCAGAAAAACCGAUUUGGGAUUCCUGGCACGAGCCAGUCCAACCUCCCCAACAGCCAGGCCAGCCAGGACGUGGUGUCACAGCCCUUCUCCCAGGGCCCCCUGACACAGGGCUACAUCUCCAUGAGCCAGCCCUCACAGAUGAGUCAGCCUGGGCUCUCCCAGCCGGAAUUAUCCCAGGACAGUUACCUUGGUGAUGAGUUUAAAUCCCAGAUUGACGUGGCGCUGUCACAGGACUCAACUUACCAGGGGGAACGAGCAUAUCAACAUGGUGGAGUGACGGGACUGUCACAGUAUUAGAGUGUUGAGGAAGAAGAGCUAAGCUUGCGUGGAGCUUAGUUCAUCAGCAUUUUAUUCUGGGUAAUAAAAAAAAUAAAAUAAAAUGGAUACCUGUUUUCCACUGCUAAAACUGAAGCACCACUGUGUGAGAGCAACAGGAGAAAGAAAGAAACCAACCAACGGAGAGGAGAGGAGAGGAGAGAGAGAAGGGAGCGCGCGCGAGAGCCACUGCUAGAGCUCAGUGAGACAAGGAGACCGAGCGAGAGGAGAGAGAGCCCUGAAGGACUGGCUGGCGCCUCGCUGGGACGGACCUCACCCCAACAGGAGAGCUCAGCCGAGUCCCUGCUCCCCCAGACACCCCAGCUCCGGAGAAGGGCCUUAAAAAAGCAGGUUUCACUUCAUUCCAUACUUCUCUUUGCGAGCAGGGCAUUACCUUUUCAGAGCGGAUGGGGAGAGGAAAACCCUCAUCUCAGAGUUGGGCUCGUUUUGGGUACUUUAAAAAAAAAAACCACAAAAAUAUUUUAGCAGGAAGUGUUUACAUUUUAAAAGCAGAGUAUCUGAGAGAGGGAGGGAGAACAAAACAAAAACAAAGAGAGAGAGAAAAGUUCCCUGCCUGGGUGACAGCCAGCCAAGCAGAAAUCCAGCUGCUGCUCAACUCUGAGGUGCAGGUUUUGUUGUCCAACACUGGCUCUGAAAUUUGUUGUCAUCGUGUCGCCCACAUUCUGAACGAGGUGGUUUUAAAGAGAUCCUUUCAAAAAAAAACAAAACCAAAAGGAGCACUGAAUUUUUUAAGAAGUUUUGUCUCUGAAUUCUUAGUGGUGGACCUGGGAGAUUUAGAUCCUUGUUCUGAGAAGCUUAUAUUACAAAUGAAAAAAAAAACCUUAAAAAAAAAAAAAGACAAAAAAACCAAAAAAACCCAAAAAAAAAAAAGAUGUUUCAAACAAAAAUUAGAGCACCAUCCUUGAGAACUUCCAGUGUGAUUUCAAGUUGCAGCAAUCAGCCUCUUCUUCCUACACGGGAUAGCAGUUGAGAGUGAGAGGAGCCUGCGUGCUCGAGCAGGAGGGUUUCAAAGUGUUUUCUGUAUGCUUUAAUUGGCAACUGUCUGGACUCUACUCUGUGAAAAAACAGCCUUUCUGUAAGAUGAACUUUAUGCUUGAAAGGGGACGGGUUCCUGUGCCCUUCGGCCCUGGAGGGAAGGUGCAGCCAGGCCUGCUUUGGCCCCAAGGAUUUGGGGAGGAGUAGUGGAAAUUGGGGAUUAUUUUGGCCGGGAAGUAAAGGCUCCACGCCGCGGACGGACAGACGGACAAAGCAGGCAGGUGGUGGAAGGUGGUGGCCUCUGAGAGAGUGAGAGAGAGAGAGCUGGGUUUAGUUCAGGAGGAUGGGUCAGGCUUUGGAGUUUGUCCUUGGGUGGUGAAGGCAGGAGAGGGACAGAGUGAGGUGUCGAAGCGAAGUUUUCAGGGGGGGAAUAAAAAGGUUUGGAAAAUGAAAGGUGAAGUUUUCAGCCCAGCUGGGGAUCAGGGCUGGGAGAGGAGCCCACGAGGAGAAGCCAUCCACGUCCUGGGUUGUAGCCAUGUCUGCAACACUCCCAGGGGAGCACUUGGGAGCUUUUCAUUUCUGUCCAAACCUUGCUGGGAACAGCGCAGAGAGAGGGAAUCGAUUCCUCCAGCCCCGUUCUUUUGAGCAGAUCCUGAAUUGGAGUAACCUCUACCUCCCAAUUGGCAGCAGAGAUGGAUCCAGAGCCUGGGUGUUGUCAGGCUGGAGUUAAGCUUUACACUCAAAGGGCUCCAAGUGUUUCUAGUCCUUUUUUUUGGGGGGGGGGAAACUCAAAAUACCUCUCAUCUGAAUGUACUUCAAACAGCUCAGAGCCCGUUUUUGUACCCAGGGAGGGGGGAAACCCUUUUGUUCCUGUCCUUCCUGGAGAUCCCUGCCCUGGAUUUGCUGGAUCUGCCCCCAGAGCACCCCCAGCCCGGGAGGGACGAGCUCCCCCAACCCCAGGGGGGAGCUGCAGAAACCACAAAAACCACAAAAAAAAAAACAAACUCACAAAACCCAUUCUUUUCUCAUCCAAAGCCUCCAGAGUUUAGACUUCCAAAACAGUGAAAGAAUGGAGACACAGGCCACCUUCCUUCCUCGUGAGAUGGACUUGUUUUAUUUAUUAACAUUGCCGAAGGGCUUUUUAAUUUUAUUUUUUUUCCCUUCAUAGGCUGCGUAGUGGCGUAGAAUUUUCGGGUAGGUUUAAGCUGAACCCCUCUGUGCAAAGCUAUCCAUGAGUAAUGUAGCCCCCUCCUCUCCCCUCACCCUUUAUUUCACUGCUGGGAAUGCUUGCCUCUGCUUCCUGCUGGUUUUUUCCUUUGUAGCAGUUCAAACUCUUUUUUUUUUUUUUUGAGUUUUACAAAUCCAGACAUCAGUGCUAGCACGGUGUUAAAAAACUCUUUUUUUUGUUUUGUUUCGUUUUUUUUUUUAAUUAAUUGAAUUAUUAUUUUUUUUUUCUGUCUCAGUUUUGUUUUAAAACCUGUUUGUCAUCAAUAAAAAAAAAAACAAAAAUACGAAUAAACAGCUCUUGCAUUCAAGGUGGCCCCUAAGUUUCAAUGAGGAAACCAUGCAACGUUCAUUAAAGCUUUAGUCUGAUUGUAUAAAC